AUGCAGUCAAGCUCUGUGUCUCUUCUGGGCUGUUCUGGGGAUUGCAGUGGCACAUCCUACAGAACUCACUGUUACAACCCAGUGACUUCUUCCAUUGCUCUUUGCUCCAGUGAUGUAAGCCCUACCUUUGGGCUCUGCCUACCCAGUAGCUACCAAGGAAAUCCCUGGCUCCUGGGUAACUGCCAAGGAACUUAUGGUGAAACGCCAAGCUACAAAUCUCCUAGCUGUGAGCUCGAGACUUGCACUACAAGUUGCAACCCAUCAAGCUCCUGUGUGCCCUGCAACUCUCCAAAAGUGAGCCAAGUCUGCAGCACCUGUGAAACUAUGAACAUCGGACCCAAACCCAGCUGCAGCCCAUGCACUCAGACCAAGGGGUAUGUAUCUUAUUGCUACACACCCAGCCAAAGUGCAUCUAAAGUCUGCCAGACCUUCAGCAGUGGCUUCAAAUGCUUUGGGCGACUUAAUUGCUUGUCCAACAGUUUCCGACCCCUAAACCACUGUAGACUGGGCAGUUUGAAGUACAGAGGCUACCAAAAUCUUGCCUUCAUACCCAGUGGCUUCUCACCAUCAUGUUGUAUUGCCAGAAGCUGCCAAUCCCAAAACUAUCUAGUGAGAAAUUGCCGAUACCCAAGUUAUGGAUCAGUGAGCUGCCAACCGCUGGGAUAUUUUUCUAGAAAUUUCCAGUCUCUGAGCUGCAUUCCAAGUACCUUUCCUCCUCUGAGGUAUUUAUGCAGUGGUUGCAGACCUCUGAAUUGCUGUUGAGCAGCUUGUUGCAUUUAUGGCUGCUGGAAAUUGUCCCAGGGCAGAUCCUACCAAGGGGUCGUCUUCUCUAAAUUCGGCCUAAUUACUUCAUGUGUCUUAAGAAUCUUGUUAUAUUAACCUCAAAUACAACUCCAGGGCUUAUUAACCACAACCGUGAUCAUUUGCUAGUUUUUUUUUUCUUUGUUGCUCUGUUAACGUCCUUUGUGUUGAGGGCUGAUCCUGAAGGUGGUAUUGUCUCUGAGAUUCACUACAAUGGACACACUGAAGAGAUUCCACAUAAGAUACAACCAUUGCCAGCUUUCAAUAUUGGCUGUCGCUGUCCCCUGUCUGCCACUGGCAAUAUCCCCUACCUUCUCAGUGAAGAAAAGCCUUUCUGGUUUGACUGAUGAUUCCAGCACAUUCUUUCAGGAUGUUCUGCUUUUUAUCCAUAGUCUGUGGACUGCUUAACUAGCAUGUUGCUAAUGAGCUAAGAGAUAGCAUUACCUUAAAUAUGCUAUGUUCAGCUAUUGCAUCUAUCCCCUACUGACUGAUUAUCAGGAUAUGCAAGCAGCAGUGUUCAACUACAGCUCAAAAUCGGAAGACCUUCAGCAAAUCUUCUCUUCCAAAGAAGCCCCAAAGCCCUCAAUUGGCUGGCAUUCGGCUUUUGUUCCCAACGCCUAGGAGAGAGCCCUGGGAGUA